CGGACCGUGGCUGGUUCUCUGUCUCCUCCUCCUCCUCUUGGUUGUGUUCUUGUCCUUGUCGCACCGGCAAUGCGCUUGCCCUUCCCCCGGUCGUCCCCUCCGCCACCGCUUGCCCGGUCCCCCCGGGUGGGGGCCUUUGGAUGGAUCCCCGCAGCAGCAACAGCGACAGCGACAGCAGCAGCGACGGCACUCUUGCUCUUUGUUCGGGCGGGGACCGCAAGCGGGCUGUCCCCCCACCAAGCCGCCGCUUCCUACGCGGAGGCCCGCAGGGUCCGGGCGCUCGAGGGACCUUCUGCUGCGGUAGCUCUCUAUCGAAGCCUCCUCGACCGCUACCCGGGGGACGCUACGGCGGCGGCGAGGAUCGCCGCCGAUCCUUACCAGGCCUCGAAACACGACCGCCUCGGGAGGGGGGGGAGCCCCCGUGAGCGAAGGGAAGCCACCCGCUUCCUGCAAGAAUCCUUUGGCUUCGAAAGGGAAUCCGUUGCCGGCCUGGUGUUUGCGGGCCCGGUGCCGGGGAACGGCAACGGCAACGGCGACAGCAACAACGACGACGACGGCAACGGCAAGUGCGGACACGAAUCGCAGGGGCCGACCCUAGACCACCGGCUCUUCCGCGCCCUGCGGUCGUCGGCCCCGCUCUACCUAAAGGCACGGGGAGCCGGGACCGUUGUGCCCCCGCUCCCGGCCACCCCCCUGGAGGCCUGCGUCCAGCUCUUCCUCAUGGGGGUCUCCCUCCCGACGGAAACCUGCAAGGAGCUCCUGGGCCGCCGCUUUGUGGAGCUCGCGGAAACCCUGGGGCUGGCCUUUACGACCGGGGGCGGCGGCGCAGAAGCAGGCGCAGAAGCAAGCGGCGAACGGGCACCGGACCCUGCCGGGAGCUGGUUCGUGCCGUACGCACACGUCUUCCCGGUUUCGAUCGGGGACAAGACCCUGUACCUGGCAACGGAUUUGCAUCCAACCGUUCUCUCCUCGACGACCGUCGGGGGGAGCGGUAGCACGCCCGGCGGCAGUGGCGGAAGCACGGAAGACGGCGCCGUGAUGUACAUUGGACCCGAUUCAUUGUGAGUCUUCCGAGCACCGUGUACGCAUUGAGUGGUUGGAGACGAAAAUUCGAGAGGUUGCAACAAAAAAAGAAGAAACAGCAAUGCGAUUU